CGACCGCGCCCCCGCAUCCCCCCGAGGCCCGCCAUGGACUGGGGGGCCAGCGGGGGCUGCACCCCGCGCCCACCCAUCCGCCCGCAGCCGGCGUCCGAGCGCCGAGUAGUGAUCGUAGUCUUCCUGGGCCUCCUGCUGGACCUCCUGGCCUUCACCCUGCUGCUGCCCCUACUGCCCCGGCUGCUGGAGAGCCACGGCCGCGCCAACGACUCCCUGUACAGCUCCUGGCAGAGUGGGGUGGACAGGUUCGCUGCUGCCAUCGGGAUGCCCAUGGAGAAGAGGUACCACACCGUCCUGUUUGGAGGUCUCAUCGGCUCUGUCUUCUCGGGGCUGCAGUUCCUGUGUGCUCCGCUCACGGGCGCCAUCUCUGACCGCCUGGGGAGGCGCCCCGUGAUGCUGCUGUGCCUGACAGGGCUGGCCACGUCCUACGCUGUGUGGGUGGCCUCGAGGAGCUUCGCCGCCUUCCUGGCCUCCAGGGUUGUUGGGGGCAUCAGCAAGGGCAACGUCAGUCUCUCCACAGCCAUCGUGGCCGACUUGGGCUCCCCGGCCGCCCGCAGCCGAGGCAUGGUGGUGAUCGGGGUAGCCUUCUCGCUGGGCUUCACACUGGGCCCCAUGCUGGGCGCCUCCCUGCCCACCGACACAGCGCCCUGGCUCGCGCUGCUCUUCGCGGCCGCCGACCUGCUCCUCGUCCUCUGCCUCUUGCCUGAGACGCUGCCCCCAGAGAAGCGGGCUCCCUCUGUGGCUCUGGGGUUCCGGGCUGCUGCUGACCUGCUCAGCCCCCUGGCGCUGCUGCGCUUCUCAGCAGCUGCCCGUGGCCAGGCCCCGCCUUCGGCAAGCGAGCUCAGCAGCCUGCGCUGCCUGGGCCUGGUCUACUUUCUCUACCUCUUCCUCUUCUCCGGCCUGGAGUUCACACUGAGCUUCCUGGCACACGAGCGCUUCCAGUUCAGCAGCCUGCAGCAGGGUAAGAUGUUCUUCUUCAUCGGCCUCACCAUGGCUGCCGUGCAGGGCGCCUACACCCGCCGCAUCAGCCCCGGUAGGGAAACGGCAGCUGUGAGUCGGGCCAUCCUGCUGUUGGUCCCCGCCUUUCUCCUCAUCGGCUGGGGGUGCUCGCUGCCCGCUCUGGGCCUGGGGCUGCUGCUCUACGCGUUCGCUGCCGCCGUGGUGGUGCCCUGCCUGUCCUCCGUGGUCGCCGGCUAUGGCUCACCUGCACAGAAGGGCACAGUCAUGGGCACGCUGCGGAGCCUGGGUGCUCUGGCCCGGGCACUGGGCCCCCUGGCGGCCGCCUCAGUGUACUGGCUGACCAGCGCCCGGAUCUGCUUCACCGUGUGCUCUGGCUUCUUCCUGUUCCCCUUCCUCAUCCUGCGGACGCUCAGGCCACCAGCACCAGCCAAAGCCGAGUAGGCAGGAAGUGGAGGCGUGCUCUCCCCGCAGGCCCUGCCCACCUCCCCGCUGCCUGUUGCUGCCUCUACACCCAGCAUCAGUCCCACAGGCUGCAAUGUCCUCACGCGCCUCGUUUCCCCUCCGCACAACAGUGGGGGCACAGCAUCCGAUGCCCA